AUGGCUGCUAGAAAGCUAGUGCGAGAUUUGCACCUUUACAGACAACCCUUCUUUCAUCAGCUGACCCCCAAACAACAGGUUUCAAGCACGAGAAUUCGGUUGAUUUCAGCUAAUGGGUAUUCGGGGAGUCGUCGAUUCAGUGUCUUCAAUGAAUUUUCGAAGCAAGUCAAAGGCGAAGCUACCAAGAAUCCAGAAUUUCAACAGUCAGUUAAGGAGCUGAAAGAGAAAGCGGAAGAGCUGAAAGGCGUUAAAGAAGACCUGAAAGUGAGAACGAAGCAGACAACAGAGCAGCUAUACAAGCAGGUGGAUGGUGUUUGGACAGAGGCUGAAGCUGCAGCAAAGAAGGUUUCUUCCAAUGUAAAAGAGAAGAUCACCGCUGCCACAGAGGAGGUCAAAGGAACCUUUGGAAUUGGGAACGAACAGGCUUCAGGGCCUUCUGGUGCUAAAUCUGAGAAUUUCACUGAUGCAGAAGAUGGAACAAAGGCCUCAUCUGGGGAACAGAAACACCAGGAGUCAGGGUCUAGUAAUACUGAAGAAACAUUAUUUGGCAAAUUUAGGUCAAGUGCCUCUUCCUCGUAUUUUUCCUCUGCCUUCUCUAGAGUUAAGGAAGCAAAGUUUAUCGACAUGGCUAAAAAGGGAUAUGACAUUGUAAAGGAUGAGUUAAGCGGUAAUCCAACUAAGAGAAAGCACCUGGAGUAUGAUCCUUCUACCACCCCUCAAGUUGAAGUAAGUACAAGAACGGACAUUGUUGCCGUACCCCAAUCUCGCUGGAGUAAAAAGUGGGAGGCUUUCAGAAUGAAGAUGCAAGGUCAUCCUAUAUUCAAGCGUUUUGAUGAAUUACGUAAACCUGUUACGUCAAAAACCCAGGAGAUUGCUGAGGACAUGCGGGAACAUUGGGAGACAAGCGAUAGUCCAAUCGUUCACAAAAUUCAGGAUUUAAAUGAAACUAUUUUUCAAGAAACAGAUACUGCUGCAUCAAUCAAGGAGAUACGCCGCCGAGAUCCAUCCUUCUCUUUACCAGACUUUGUGGCAGAAGUACAGGAUGCUGUAAAACCAGUGCUUAAUGCUUACAUCAAGGGAGAUGUUGAGACAUUGAAGAAGUAUUGUAGCAAGGAGGUGAUUGAGCGGUGUAAAGCUGAGCAUGAUGGUUUCCGAAGCCAUGGCAUCUUUUUUGAUCACAAGAUUCUACAUAUAUCUGAUGCAGAAGUAAAAGAGACUAAAAUGAUGGGAGACUCUCCCAUAAUCAUUGUAAUGUUCCGAACGCAGCAAGUGUAUUGUGUACGUGAUAAAAAUGGUGCAGUAACAGAUGGUGGCAAGGACACAAUCCACACUGUGUAUUAUGCCUGGGCCAUGCAACAGGUGGAUCCUGAAGAACUUGGUGAAGGUGCUAUUUACCCAAUAUGGAGGGAAGUUCUGUAG